AGUACAUCAAAAUUAAUGAUCAGAUGGUUCUUAAAGCUUUCACAAAUUCCUGAAGUUACUGAGGUUCCAAGCUUCAGUGGGGAAGCACUGUCUUACUUGCAAGGAUUGAUUGAUGGAUUUACCAUAAGCGAUGCCUUGGAAGUUAAAAAUAUAGAGAAAGUGACAAACCAUGAUGUGAAAGCAGUGGAAUACUUCUUGAAACAGAAAUGCCAAUCACAUCCAGAGAUUGCGAAGGUGCUUGAAUUUUUUCAUUUUGUCUGCACAUCCGAGGACAUUAACAAUCUUGCCCAUGCAUUGAUGCUGAAAGAAGCUUUGAACACUGUCAUAUUUCCAGUCAUGGAUGAGGUAAUUAAGGCAGUUUGUGACAUGGCUAAAGCUAAUGCUCAUGUUCCCAUGUUUUCUCGCACUCAUGGGCAGCGUGACUUAACUGAUUCAACAGUUCUGAGGAAUAUGGGUGAAGGUUUAGGGCAUUCUCUUCUUGCGUACAAAAGUGCAUUACAGGGAAUAUCAAAGCUGCAGGUUAAUGAAGCUUCUUUGUUUGAAGACUUGAAUGAGUCAUGGGAGGUGCUUGCGGAACCAAUACAGAUUGUGCUGCUAACACAACUUGGGACUCUAGAGCUUCUCCAGAAGACAUGGAAAAGAUGUGGAAUCAUCCUAUUGUUAGUAAAGAGUGGAGCAAAUCUGGGGAGAAACAGGGAAAAAGUGCGAUUUUCUCAUGAUGCCGAGAAUAGACCUUAUCUUUCUCGGGUAGAGUUAAGGGCCGGAAAUGGUGGUAGGAUGGUAUCAUUCACAUCCUGGAUUUGGCUGUUGGCUCUCUGGUGUGGACAUCAAUACUCAACAGAGUUUUGAAGCUUUGAAUCAACGUGCUGUGGCAGUUGUGGUGGAUCCCAUACAAAGUGUUAAGGGGAAGGUGGUCAUUGAUGCCUUCCGCUUAAUUAACCCACAAACCAUGAUGCUUGGCCAAGAGCCAAGGCAAACAACGUCCAACCUUGGACAUUUGAACAAGCCAUCCAUUCAAGCAUUGAUCCAUGGGCUGAAUAGGCAUUAUUACUCAAUAGCCAU